AAAAGGAAGCGGGCCGUAGUUUGGACACCCCUGUUUUAAACCAUAGCUAAAUGUUUCCCCCACGAGGGCGUGGUCUUUCUCAGGUGAUGCAAAGCGCUGUUUCCACGAGGAGAAGCUACGGACCAAUCCCAGCGCAGGGGGCGGGGCUUUUCGGAAUACACAUGGGGAAAAGUGAUGAUGAGGAAAUGUCUCAUUCACUCAAAACUCAUUCAUAAUUCCAGCGUGUGAAAGGGUGGAGAGAUUUAACUGCAAGUUAAAGUUUCUCUGCAUUCUGAUUCCUUACUUUCUCUCAAUUUCUCAUGUGAUGAAAAACAGCUGAAAAAGGAAACAUCUCUCUUAUUUAUCUCUUAUUUCCCUUUCUUACUUUCCCAUCUCUCUCUCUCUCUCUCUCUCUCUGUCUCUCUCGGUGGGUCGGAAUAUGGGCGGGAACAAAAAAGGAAAAAAGCGCGUGAGGAAACAAGUCUUCUCUUCCUCCUCCUCCUCCUCCUCCUCCUCCUCUCCUCUCUCUGCAGUAUGGCUCUCUCCGGCGGCGGCUCCGCUGCUCUCGGUCUCUCCCCGGUUCUCCUCGCUCUGGACUCGGUAUGAGGGCUGAAGGAUGGAGCUGCUGGCGGAUCUCUCCUGGAGCUCGGUGGCGCUGCCCCUGGACGCCGUGGUGGCAAAGUUCCGGCUACCCGCGCUGGUCAGGCUAAGCCAAGGUGAAAAUGUGGAGGGAUUGUCUGAAGAGGAUGUAGUUCUGUUGCACUCGUGCAGGCAGUGGACCACUGUGACUGCACAUUCUUUGGAGGAGGGGCAUUAUGUCAUCGGACCCAAGAUUGACAUCCCAUUGCAGUACCAAGGAAAGUUUAAGCUGUUGGAUCAGGACCGGGAUGUGCGAGAGCCUGUGCAGUAUUUUGCGAGUGUUGAGGAAGUUGCUGGAACUUUCCCUGAUCGAGUGUUCGUCGUGGAGCCCAUCACAUUCAGCAUGAAGGUGGUAUCGGGGGAGUUCAGUGAGGACAGCGAGGUGUAUAACUUCUCUCUGCAGGCGGGUGAUGAGCUGACUCUGAUGGGCCAGGCUGAGCUGCUCUGUGUACAAUCCCCUCGUGAGAAGUCACGCCUGGCUGCCUUACUGCGCCGACUGGGGAAGGCGGGCGGGGCCCUGGGUCGCCCCACCCGUGCUAAGGUGCCCUGCCUGAUCUGCAUGAACCACCGGACCAACGAGAGUGUGAGCCUGCCGUUUGGUUGCCGUGGCCGUUUCUGCACACGAUCGCCUCAGGAGCUGCGGAUGCAGUCGGGUGAGCACACGGUCCGCAGUAUUGUGGAGCGAGUCAGGCUUCCCGUCAACGUAGCAGUGCCAUCCCGGCCGCCGCGGAACCCCUACGACCAGCACUGCGUUCGAGAGGGGCAGCGCUACAAGCUGUUGGGCAUUAUCAGCAAGACGGUGGUUUUGUGCUGCGUCCUGCGCAAGGAGGAAGUGGUCCCCUCCCACUUUCUGCUUCUGGCCGACAUGCCACGGUUCUCCCUGCCGGAUGGCCUGCUGCGCACUGACCCUGUCUACCAGCAGGCGGUGCUGCAGAGCGCGAUCCGCUGCCAAGACAUGUUCGAUCCAGAUGAUUACUCGAGAGCCGUGAGGGAGGUGAAGACAGACUUCAUGGAAGAGUGCCUGAGUCCGAGAAGAAUACGGGUGUGCGUCCAGGGCUAUGGACGCAACGAUUUAGGACAGUCGCUGCAGAGGCUUUCCCUGUGUGUUUACGGGGGAGGGACCAUCACACACACGCUAUCGCAGGGCUGCAGAGACUCGCUGAGCAACACGCACACCUCUCCAAGCGAAGGGGAGGGGGAGGAGCGUGAGUAUGUCACUCCCGAUUGGUCCACAGAGACACAGGAGAUCCCAUACGAGGAGCUUUGGACCAAUCAGAGUGGAGGAAGCUAUGGAGAGAUUCCGGAAAGCACGGUGAAGGUAGAGCACAACCUCAUUUCCUUCCACUCCACCUCAUCGUUGGAUGGUACUGCCGGAUCCGCUCAAGUGGCCACGGUGCAGAUGGAGGCGGGCCGGGUGGCAACUCCACCCCCCGUCCCACCCAAAUCAGAAGCUGUGAAGGAGGAGUGUCGCUUUUUGAAUGCGCCCCCUGUACCGCCUCGCUGCGCUAAAGGAGGAGGACCCAUACCAAGCCCACCAGUCCCGCCCCGUUUCCCUAAAGCACCGCCCACAAGCACUCGCAGCCCAAACCUGUCUUAUUACUCCUCAGGCCUGCAGGAGAAUUCAGCUCCUCGUAGUGACAAUAGCUCUCCGUCUCCGGACUCCUACUCCCUGUAUUGUUAUCCCUGCACAUGGGCCGACUGCGUGACCUCCGACUCCUCAGCAUCCCCUGACCCCAGUCAGCCAGCACAAGCCUGUUGGUCCCACCCCCGAGGAGGCGGGGCCUUCACCUCAAGCGUUCUAAACACACCUCUCCUCAGCACUGACUCUGUGCAGAAAAACUACUCCACCUGUCCACGGCCCCGCCCACAGGCCCAGAACCGCUUUGCUCCAUUUGGCGCUUUGAACCCUUUUGCUAAUCCUGGACACGCCCACAGCUCCUCCGACUGGCUGCCCACUGGUCGAAACUCACCUGUCCUGACACCUGACCUCAGUGGCUCCUCCCCUAAGGAGCCUGCAGCCAGUCAGGAAAGCUCAGAGGCGAGUCCAGCUCCACCGGCUAGACCAACGCAGAGCUCAGAGGACGAGGCCAUGGCCCUUAGCCCCGCUUCUGGGUCUGCUGCCAUGGCCAAGGGAGCAGAGGGCGGGGCUACGUCAUCGUGGCGACCACCGGCAGACCUCUGCUGGCUCUCGGUGGAGGAGGUGUCGGCCAGCCUGCGGUUCAUCGGGCUGUCCGACGACGUGAUUGGCCUUUUCAGCAGAGAACGGAUCGACGGAUCGAUCUUCACGCAGCUUUCGGAGGAGAUACUGUCCGAAGAUUUCAACCUCACCAAACUGCAGGUCAAAAAGAUCCUGCAGUUCAUUAAGGGCUGGAGGCCCAAGAUAUGAGCCUUCACCUGCACACAUACUGUGAACCGUACACAAAUGAAGAAUCCAGGAGGUACAAUAGUGUUGAACAGAAGUAGCACAAUUGUGUGUGUGUGUGUGUGUGUGUGUGUGAGAGAGAGAGAGAGAGAAAGAGAGAGAGAGAAAAUGGGGACUGUCUAAUAAUAUGCAUUCUUACUAGGGCUUGUACGUCCAGAAACGUUCAUUAUUUGACAUCAGUAAAACGUAUUUUUAUUAGUAGUACUUGCUACAUUAUUUUAAGGGGGCUACACAGCAGUAUUUGUGUGGUGCAAUUUCAGCAGCAUUUAUUUAUUUCUGCUCUACUGCAGCUGGAUAUCUGGGUAGGUACUGUAAUGUAAUGUGUGGGAUCUGAUUGGUCAUUUGGUUCAGGAUUAAUGAUGUGUGUAAUUUCCACAAAUUCCCACAGAAAAUUCCCACAUGACACCCUGCAUGUAAACUCAGUAACAGCAACCCAAUGGCUGUGUCUAUUAGUAUGGUUCAUUAGUUUAUUCCACAUAUUGAGAAACUAUUCAUUACUGAUUAAGUAGUAAUAUCAGACUGUAAAAAUACUGUUAACAAUACAGAUUCAUACUGGAUUAAAUUGAUCUGUAUAUGUGACCAUCAGACUGUAAAUACCACACUAGCACCUGAUUCUUUACAGAUUAAAAUUGCGAAAAACUAUUACUAUCUGAUUGUAAAAAAAACAUCACACUACAGUUUCACAUUGAAGUAAAUCACUGCAGCUAUUAGUGUCCCUUCAUAGCUAUUAGAUUUUAAAAAGUAAACACACUGCAAAUUCAUACUGGAUUAAGUCGCUUUACAACUAUUACUAUGACUGUAAAAACUAUGCAAAUUGCUGAUUAAUAAUGGAGCAUAAUUGUAAUGCAAAAUAUUAAUAUCAGACUGUACAAGCUAUGCACACUGCACAUCCAUACUGGAUUAAAUCAUUUCACCAUUAUUACGGUUAGACCAUCAUAAAACAAACCACACUACAGAUUCAUACUGCAUUAAAAUCACUUUACCAUUGUUAAAAAGCUUUACCAUUAAAAAGUUAACCACACUACAGAUUCAUACUGCAUUAAAAUCACUUUACCAUUGUUAAAAAGCUUUACCAUUAAAAAGUUAACCACACUACAGAUUCAUACUGGAUUAAAAGCACUCUACUAUUGUUACUAUUAGAACUUUAAAAACAAACCAACACUACACAUUUAUACUGGAUUCAAAUAACUGUACAAUUGUUACUAUUAGACCAUUAAAAAAACAAAGCACACUACAGAUUCAUACUAAAUUCAAAUCUUUCUACAAAUGUUACUAUUAGACCAUUAAAAAAAACACCUUACAGAUUCAUAUUGGAUUCAAAUGACUCUACAAUGGUUACUAUUAGACCAUUAAAAACAAAGCACACUACAGAUUCAUACUGAAUUCAAAUCACUCUACAAUUUGACUAUUACACAAUUAAAAAAAAACAAAGCACACUACAGAUUCAUACUGGAUUCAAAUCACUCUACAAUUGUUACUAUUAGACCAUUAAAAAUAAACCACACUACAGAUCCAUACUGGAUUCAAAUCUCUCUAUAAAUGUUACUAUUAGACCAUUAAAAACAAACCACCUUACAGAUUCAUACUGGAUUUAAAUGACUCUACAAUUGUUACUAUUAGACAAUUAAAAACAAAAGCACACUACAGAUUCAUACUGGAUUCAAAUCACUCUACAAUUGUUACUAUUAGACAAUUAAAAACAAAAGCACACUACAGAUUCAUACUGGAUACAAAUCUCUCUACAAAUGUUACCAUUAGACCAUUAAAAUCAAACCACAAUAUAGAUUCAUACUGGAUCCAAAUCUCUCUACAAAUGUUACUAUUAGACCAUUAAAAAAAAAGCACACUGCAGAUUCAUACUGGAUUCAAAUCUCUGUACAAAUGUUACUAUUAGACCAUUAAAAUCAAACCACACUACAGAUUCAUACUGGAUUCAAAUCUUUCUACAAAUGUUACUAUUAGACCAUUAAAAUCAAACCACAAUAUAGAUUCAUACUGGAUCCAAAUCUCUCUACAAAUGUUACUAUUAGACCAUUAAAAAAACAAAGCACACUUCAGAUUCAUACUGGAUUCAAAUCUCUCUACAAAUUAGACAUAUUAAACAUGCAAGCC